UUUACUAAUUAGAUUAGAUUUGACAUAUACUUAUUGGAACUAUGAGAAACUAAACUGACAAAAAUAGCUAAAACAAACUCAAAGGGUUUGUGGUCGUCGGUGUUCUCUCUGUUCAAGGUUGCCAGAGACCACGACGGAGCUCAGAACUUGACUGGUUCGUGCUCCUCAUUCCCCUCCAUGCAGUGCUUUUCUUCUCUCCUCAGUACCCCACACCAGCCACUUUAGCAUCUCGGACACGCCCACUCUCUCUCAAUCUCAAUCAGUCGUUUCCAAUACUAUUGUUACUAGUAAGCUCGUUUUCAAGCCAUCUUCCUCCAUUUAUAAGAAAGUCAAAAUCCCUAAAAAAAUGGCAGACUCCACAGCCUUCACCUGUCAAACUUGUGGCAAUGUUGGCAUGGUCGAUGGUGCCGAUGGCUUCUUCUACUGUCUUCAGUGUGGUUCUCAGGCAGAGGACAUCUUUGACACCGAUGUUGGUGAUGAGGAUUUUGUCGAUAAGGGUGUUGGUGGUGGUGCUAUUUAUCUUGCUAGUCACCGGCGCCAACGCCAUAACUCCACCAUUAAUCCUGAUACCAUUUCUCAAUCACAGUCCCAAUUCAACGCCUCAAUCCACUCUCAAUUUUGGUCUUCCCUAACUUUAGAAGACAAAGAAGAGACUCCCAGUCGAGUCAAGAACAAGAGUGAGGGAGUGGAUUACAAUUACAGUUCGGGUCCCUUUAGUGACAGCAUUGGACCCACUGGCCCAGAGGAUUUUGGGUCCAUUGGGGUACUCGUUCCGAGCUUCGAGGACUACUAUAAUGAGAUAAGGAUUCGAUACAUUAUGGGUUUGCAGUUGAUGAUUGAGUUUCAGUGUGAGGCUUUGGUUAGGGAGUUUAAGGUCAGUCCUUUGAUUUGUGGGUUGGCUGGGACCAUUUGGUUGCGGUUUGUGGCUGCCACUCGGGUGUUUGAUGAUGGUUGGGUUGAUGAAGCCAUUAAUGAGUCUGAGAAUCAGCAUGAAGGAGAGCUACCUAAUGAUUUCAAGCCACGAACUAAAUAUAGUUCAGAACCCCAAAAUAUGUAUGGUCGGCGUGCUGUAAUGAUAUGGAUUAGAUCAUUGAAAAGGAAGAUACCAUUGUCUUGUACUUUAGCCAUUUCUUUUCUAGUUUGUCAUCUUGCCAGGGAGGCAGUCUUGACAACAGAUAUAGUAAAGUGGUCACUAGAAGGGAAACUUCCAUACUUUGCUGCUUUUGUUGAAAUUGAAAAAUGCAUUGGACCGCCAUCAAGGGCCUGCCCAAUAAGUUCAAGUUCCAUGUUUAGGCCUCUUGAAUCUAUUACAGCACAGAAGAUGGAACCACUUUCAGCUUCCAUUGCUAAAUCCAUAGGAUUGCGUUUACCUCCUGUGAAUUUCUAUGCCAUUGCUUCGCGCUACCUUCAGAAGUUAUCACUUCCUUCUGAAAAGAUUCUUCCUCACGCUUGCCGUAUAUACGAGUGGUCAAUGCCUCCAAAUUUAUGGUUAUCAGCUAGUGAACUGAGGCUUCCUACUCGUGUUUGUGUGAUGUCGAUACUGAUUGUUGCAAUAAGGAUUCUUUAUAAUAUUAAUGGCUUUGGCAUAUGGGAGAAGAGUUUGUCUAAAAACCAUGUUUCUUCCACAUCUGAUGGGACAGAAGAAUCAGAUCCUAAAUAUGAUCCUGGUAUGAAACAAGGCGGUGAAGAGGAUUCUGAUUCUCCUAGUUUGAAAGAUAGCAAAGACAACGAGUCCGGUCCUCGUUUUGAUGAUGUUCCUUAUAAAAUCCCUAUAAACACAUUACAUCUUCAGGAAUCUGAGUUGGAAGCUGCAGAGCUUCUGUGCAAGGUUGAAGCAUUAUAUCAUGGAAUACAUGAAAACUAUGAGUAUUCUAAAGACUUGCCAACCUAUCUCCAGCACUGCAAGGAUGUAGUUUUUGCAGGAUUAGAACCAUCAUUUGAGAAUCACGAGGAGCAAAAACUGAUAGAAGAGUUAUGGGGUUUUUAUCAGAACAAAACAGAUUCCAUAGCAGCUGAAGAAGAUCAUGAUAAAUAUAGUAGAGCCGAAAAACAAAAAAGAUUAAGACUAGAUGAAGAGCACAGUAGAACUUUCCCACCCAGAGAAAAGAAGUUCAAGGAAAACGAGCGUGUUAGUGAUCCAUCCGAUGGUGAAACUCGAAGCGAAAACCAUGGCCGGUCCAAGAGUAGUCAAAAUGACCAAACCCUGAAAGCUGAAACAGCAUCUACUCUUAAAGAAGAGUCCAUUACAGAAAUGAAACAGGACAUGGAGGAAAACAGGUUCUAUUACAUGCCGCCAAGGAAACAACUGAAAAAGUUUGGCUAUCUUCAUUACGCGAGAAAGAGGGAUGAAGGCUCGUUGACUUACGCUGUUCACGCCGACUACUACAUCUUGCUUCGUGCUUGUGCUAAGGUUGUUCAAAUUGAAACUCGGUAUAUGCAUUUUGGGGUGUUGAGCUUUGAGAAAAGGCUGGUUUGGACUGAGCACAGAAUCAACCACUGCUUGCAGUUGACUCCUCCAAAUCUCUCUUGUGAGUUCUGUACCAAUCCCAGAAAUGGAGAUGCCUCAUAUGAGUCUCUUGGACUUUCAAAUCUGAAUAUUUAGUUUAUUUUAUUGAUUUAUUUAUUCAUUUUA